UUGUAUUCGCUUUAAUUUUCAAUCUAAGCUAGCAUUCAUUUUUUGUAACGGUGGCGAGCAAUCGAAAUCCCUUUUAAAAUUUCAACCAGUUUAUUACAUAUGUGUAUAAUAAAUUGAACAUCGAUUUCACUUAAAAUUUGAUGUCUCAUCUCACUAAUAUGAGCAAUUCAACAUUGCAUUUUACAACACUACUUUUUAAGCAGCUGAUGUACGAAAAACCGACUGAUAACACGUCAAUAACAACAAAAAUUUAUCUGAGGAAAAAUUAAUCAUACAUUAAUAAACAAAUAAUUAAAGAAAUAGUACAAGAUAUCAGUUGAAAUCAGGAAAUUAUGCUAAAAGCGGUGAUAUUAGUCGGUGGUCCACAAAAAGGCACUCGAUUUCGUCCGCUAUCGUUAGAUACUCCAAAGCCAUUAUUCCCAGUAGCUGGACGUCCAUUAAUACAACAUCAUAUUGAAGCAUGUUUGCAAUUAUCAGAUCUGAAGGAAAUAAUUGUCAUUGGCUAUUAUCCGCAAUCGCAAAUGCAACAUUUCGUUAGCGAUAUGCAAAAUCUUUACAGUAUAAAUAUUAGGUAUUUGCAAGAGUUUACUGCUUUAGGUACGGCAGGAGGGAUGUAUCAUUUUCGUGAUCAAAUACGAGCUGGAAAUCCAUGUGCUUUUUUUGUAUUAAACGGUGAUGUCUGUGCUGAUUUUCCUUUGCAAGAACUUUAUGAAUUUCACACCAAACGACCCUCUUCAGCACUUGUUACCAUAAUGAGUACUGAAGCUACGCGUCAACAAGCUGUACAUUAUGGUUGUUUAGUCAUAAAUCGUGAUACUGGAGCUGUAUCACAUUAUGUAGAGAAACCUAGCUCAUAUGUUUCCACUUUCAUAAAUUGUGGUGUCUACGUUUGCUCUAUGGACAUAUUUGCAACACUUGCCAAUGUUUUUUAUUCAAAAGAACAAGAAUAUUUGUGCACAAGUAUUUCAAAUGGUGGUAGUAAUGGAAAUGGAAAAGAUCAAGGACACAUUCAGUGGGAACAAGAAGUGUUGACACCGCUAGCUGGAACGGAUAAACUAUAUGCGUUGCCAGUGUCGAGCUGGUGGUCACAGCUUAAAACAGCUGGAUCAGCUAUUUAUGCAAAUAGGCAUUACUUAGAUUUGUAUAAAAAAACUCAUCCUGAACGUCUUGCUAACGCUGGUUUCAAGCACAGUGAAGAUAAUGGGAAUUUAAUAUGUACAAUUUUUCCGGAUGUUUACAUUCAUCCCAGUGCUAUAGUACACCACACUGCAGUGCUUGGGCCUAAUGUUUCUGUUGGUGCUGGUGUUACUAUAGGACCAGGAGUGAGAAUACGUGAAUCAAUUAUAUUGGAAAAUGCAGUUAUUAAAGAUCACACAUUGGUAUUACAUACGAUUGUUGGCCGUGGAUCCACAAUUGGACAAUGGGCACGUGUGGAAGGCACUCCUGGUGAUCCAGAUCCAAAUAAACCAUUUGCCAAAAUGGAAAACCCACCCUUAUUUAACAAUGAAGGCAGAUUAAAUCCUUCAAUCACAAUAUUAGGAUGCUUUGUUAAUGUUCCUUCGGAAAAAGUGUUACUCAACAGUAUUGUUUUGCCACAUAAAGAAUUGAAUCGGAAUUUUAAAAAUGAAAUAAUUUUAUAAAUAAUGAAGUUUCUAAUUAACUUACCCACAAAAAGUGACUGUUUUAUUGCCAUUAUCAAUUUAUUAGCACAAUUUUUUUUUAUAAAUUAUAAUAGUAUGUAGACACCAAUUAAAGUAAAGCACUUUUUAUUCUAUCAAAACUGAAUUAAGAUAACAUGAGUUUAUAUUCCAACUAAUAUUAAUUAUUCGAAUUAAUUCAAAUUAAA